GCGCAUCUUCCGUGUUUUUCUCUCUUUAUUCAGUUCAUACAGCAUACCUAUGAUUGGAGGAAUCCGGCCAGCAGCGUUAGGAGACGCAAUCCCACCCAACGUUCCACAUACGAUUGUCUGUUCCUUACCCACCUGGCAGGACGCCAUCGGCUUCGCAGAACAGGAGGAAAGAGUUGUGACUUCGCUAAAGGCGGGUUAUCCCCGGCAAAAGAUCCAUGACUACGUGAAAGCGCUUUGGAAAGUUUGUUCCCAAAUUCACGGCAUUGAAGGAGAAGAGUGCGCUCUCUCGUUUUCACGUAAAUCUGUUGAAGAAUGCGUGUUAUACGUGAAGAAACAUUCUGAGAAACCUGGAGAACCUCGUGCAUGCCGUUUUGAAGUUCCCUACAAGGACGGCAUAGAUGUUUCUGGGUUUCCGGAGGUCUUCGCUGUAUUCUUUCCUUCAUCCGCUUUCACUGAGGCAUCUCAGUUCAUGAUGUACACUGGCUCAGGGAUAUCGGCACGUUUCGCAGAGCUGUGCCUUGAGUGCAUCCCCAACGAGUUGAUUGAUACUAGCACUUUCGUUAUACCCCUCAGGACCGUGAAUUGGCGUAGUCUGGAGUACUAUCAAGCCCAUAAGCCCGUUGAAACUGGAUCGGAGGCCAAACGCGCCCUUCGCAGAAUAUUUGCCGGAGACUUGGGUGAUGGGUCUGCCAACAUACGAGGUGUGCCAGGCGUGUCUUCGGAUGAUGUAUACCUGUAUGCCAGUGGCAUGAAUGCGAUCUGGCACUUGCAUCUCAUGAUUCUCGAUACCCGUCCCAAGGGGCUGAAGAGUGCUGCAUUCAAUGUUUUAUAUUCUCAUUCUCAUAAUCUCAUCGAAGGAUGGGGGGCCGGACACCACGUGAUCGGAAGUGGAUCUAUCGCCGAACUCGAGGCCCUGCUUGCCUCAGAGCAGAUAAAAGAUCCUGAGCAGCCACCGCUCGCUGCGCUCUACAUAGACUUUCCCACCAACCCUAUGCUCAAGUCUCCUGAUGUUGCUCGUCUGCGGGAGCUCGCUGAUCAGUAUCAUGUUCCUCUGAUCAUCGACGAGACUGUCGGCAACUUCAUCAGCGUCCAAUUGCUCCCUUAUGCGGACAUCGUCGUAUGUAGCCUGACCAAGAUUAUCAGCGGGCUCGCAAAUGUCAUGGGUGGGGCCCUUCUCCUCAACCCGACGUCUCCAUACUACUCAGCAUUCAAGGCUCGCAUGGAAGAGACCUAUCAGGACUUAUAUUUUAGUGAGGAUGCUAUCUGCUUGGAGGCGAACACGCGAGAUAUUAAGCAGCGCAUUGCGAUCGUGAACAAGAACGCUGAGGCUGUGGCCGACUAUCUCUAUGCGCGCUCACAAAUGUCCCAAGGAUCCUUUAUCAAGCAGGUUUUAUAUCCCAAAUAUCAGGACCGUGAUAUCUAUGAACGCUACCUUAAUAAAGAAUCUGGCGCAAGGCCGGGAUACGGCGGUCUGCUGUCGGUUUCUUUCACUUCCCUGGCAGUUGGGAAAGUGUUUUAUGAUGCUCUGCGAUGUUAUAAAGGUAUCACCUUUGGUACAAUCUUCACGCUUGCUAUUCCUUUCACGGAAAUGUCGUUCCACUCGAAUCUCAAAUGGGCGGAAGAGAAUGGAGUUGAUCAUGCCUUAGUACGAAUAAGCAUUGGAAUGGAGAACUGGGAGAAUUUGAAAGACAUAUUCGACGUCGCUCUGGCAGCUGCCGAAGAUGUAGCUGCUAAUGACCAGACUCAAUGAGUGUCCACCAUUGCCAAAGGCAAGCGCACCGUUAAUCGGUCCCAUCUACACCCAUGGACAUAGGUCAAUAUGUACCUACAUCUUUCCAUUUUUCUUACUGUAUCUUUACAUUCCCCCCAAGUAGAUAUAUCUCAAGCUCAACCUUAUGUAGGCUUCAGAUGUGUUUCUCUCACACCAAGUGCAAGUCUGAGAUGUGUACUUGUUCUAUGUAGUUCAACCUACAAACUACUUACAUUUACCUUGGUUCCAUUCUGUAUAGAUAAAUAGAUGUGUUUCUCUCA